AUAUUUGCGCAGGCGCACCCGCGCCUGACGCGCAAGCGCGUCAAGUCUCCGUGACCCCCCGCGUAGUUUUUCAGCCGCGUGCGCUUACCCUUACGGCUUGACCAACAGCAGCGCCAGCUCCUAUUCUGCUACAUCAGCACUUUACCAGCCAGCACAGCCAGAAUGCUCACUUCGGCGCAGCUCCCGGCGCUCGCGUCGCCCGUGCGAGGUCCGCGCAUUCGCGCCGCGCCCCUGCCACCGCCCUCGCCCGCAUCGCCACUGCCUGCGCGCACUCUGAGCAGCAGUAACAGCAGCAGCGGCUCUUCGGCUGCUGCUGCCGCGGCGGCGGCCGGCGGCAAUAGCGGCGCGCUACCGGCGCUUCUCCCCCAAACCCUUCCCUCGUUGCUAUCGCCCGGCUCCAGCAUCCGGCGCACGCUCGCGCUGCACGACCCAACCGCUCUUUCCCCAACCACCACAGAAUUUAGCAAUGCCACCAGCGCUAGCGCUAGCGGCAGUAGCAGCACCAGCAGCAACGUUGGCUCACGACCGCGCGCCCGCGCCCGCGCCGCAGCAGUCGCGCUAAGGUUUGACCAGCUUGACCUGCCGGUCAACGCGGUCGCCGAGGAGCGCGAUGGCGAGGAGGCUGGAGCUGAAGGCGAGGGCAAUGCCAACGCAGGCGGCGCACUGCUACUGCCGCCUCAGCUGCUGCCGCUGCCGCCCCCGCACGCCCUGGCCGGCUUGGGCCUUGGCGACCUGCUCCCCCUGAUGGGCGGCGCCCCUGCUGCUGCUGCAGCCGGGGCCGCUCCUGCGGCGGCGGACGGAGUAGGGGAGCAGCAGCAGCCUGCGGCGCCGGCGGCUCCCCUGCCGCCGGUGGUGCCAGCGGCGGCGGCGCCGGGGCUUAUGCCGCCGGCUGUGGCGGCCGGGGCGGCGCUGCUGUUCCCUGCAGUGGUGGUGGCCGCCGCUGCCGCCGCCCCGGCACUGCAGGCGCCGCCCGCGCAGCUCAUGCAAGAGGACCAGGCGGGAGGAGCCCCCGCCCCCGCCGCCGCAGAGGCCGCCGCUGCUGAGGCUGCGGCGGCGCCCGCCGCUGGCGCGGCGGCCUGCCUGCCGCCCACUCCGGUGGCCAAGGCGCAGCCCCGCAACGCUGAAGCAGACGUCGAGCCGGCUGUGUGGCCGCUCCCUGCUGCCGACGCCAACGCCGAUGCUGGCGCCGACAGCUCCGAGGCCCCCCGGCGCCUGAGCGAGCCAGCAAUGGUGUUCCUGCGCUCCGUCAACAGCAACGUGCGCUCCCGCGCCACCUUUGUAAACGACUGCACCGAACCCGUCACCAUGGUGUGGCUGGACUACAACGGCCAGGAGGUGGUGUACGGCGCGCUGCGCCCUGGCCAGUCCAAGGUGUACGACUCAUAUGCGUCCCAUCCCUGGGUGUUCCGCUGCAGCACCACUGACAAGCGCAUGAUGGCGGGCGGCCGCAUGGCGCACUACAUGGAGCCGCCGCCGCCCGGCGACACCGGGCUGCUGCUGAGCAGCAGCGCGCGCCGCCAGGCCGCCAACCCCGAGCCGCCGCGCGUGCACAUCACGCCGCCGCCCGUCCUGCAGCACACGGCCGAGACGCACGCCGCCUUCCCCGCCGACUACCGCGCCACCUGCCGCGCCCUACUGCUGGCACACCAGCGGCUGCAGAGCCCCGAGCUGGAGGCGGCGGCGGCGGCGGCCGCGGCCGCGGCGGCGGCGCGCCGCACCGUCACCGACGCCGUGUGGCGCAUGUUCGGGAACGCCGUCAACGCGGCCCUCACCGCGGCGCAGCCCACCCUGCAGGCCAUGCAGGUGGCCGUCUGCUCCCCCACCUUCAACCGCCCCACCUCUGCUGCAAGCUCGCCCGCCGGCCCCGCCCGCGCUUCCGGCGCUGCCGCCGGUGCCAGCACCUCCACCGCCUCCUCCUCCCCCGACACCUGCGCGCGCGCCGUGGGCCGCUGGUUGAACCAGCCCGGCGCCGCCGACGCCGUCAGCGGCCUGCCACGCCCCAUCAACCUCGAUGACGACUCCGAGAGCGUCGCCGAGGGCUUCAGCCACAGCUCCGCCGUAGCCGGCGCUGCCACCACCGGCGGCCCCUCCACGGCGCCGCAGCCCCUGGAGAUGUCUUCGCCGGCAAAGAAGAUGUCGGCUCGCAAGGCAGCUGCGGCAGCCUCCGCCGCUGUCGCGGCGGCUGCCGAGCAGCAGGCGGCGGAGCUAGGUCAGCAACUGGCACGGCUGCCUGUGGACCUGGUGCGCCACAUCGCCCACCUGGCCGCGCCGGUGGUGCGCCAGUACACCUCCCACCCGCGCGCCCACCCCGACAUCCUGCCCGCGCUACUGCCCUCCGACCCCGCCACCUGGGCCCGCCCCAGCCAGCCAGCGGCGCAGCAGCCCGCGGCAGCGGCGGCGGCAGUCCAGGCGCAGCAGCCGGGUGCGUGAUGCGGUGGCCGUGCGUGCCUCACAUUCCUGAUGAGACUGCAGCGACUCCCAUUCGUUGCAGUAGCUACCGGUACCGCAUGGAUUGACUCUGCACAAUUGAGCCAACAUGGAUUCCGUGGCUUUGAAGUACGGACAGAGCGAACGAGAGAGGUUUGAGGAUGCGCAUGCGAACGCUCAGCUAGCAUGCCUGGUUGAUGCAGAGAACUGUGGCUACGCAUCCUAGAGAAGA